UCGCUCUUUCCGGCAACCAUGUCUGACAAACCCAAUAUGGCUGAGAUUGAGAAAUUCGAUAAGUCGAAAUUGAAAACAGAGAUGCAAGAGAAAAAUCCUAUGCCUUCAAAAGAAACGAUUGAACAGGAGAAGCAAGCUGGCGAAUGCUGUUUAACUUUGUAA